UCUUUGCUGUUACACCAAAAGACAAUCCACGAAGGUCGCAAAGAUUACGAAUGCGACAAGUGCAAGAAGAAAUUCACACAAAAAUCGGGUUUAUUUAAGCAUCAAAGGACAGUCCAUGAAGGUCGAAAAGAUUUCGCAUGCCACAAGUGUGAGAGGAAAUUUGGGGAACAAAGCAAUUUGAAAAAACAUCAAAAUACAGUCCACCAAAGUCGCUAAGAUAACGCAUAUAACAAUUAUGGUUAGAAAUGUAGACAUAAAUCGAGUUUUAUAAUACACCAUAAGACAAUACUCAAAAGUCGCAAAGAUUGAGCAUGCGAUAAUCGCGAGAAAAAAUGAUGAAUGAAAAUUGUAAAUAUGUAUUGGUACUUAUAUAUACAUUUAUUCUAAAAUUUCAUUAAAAUUGUGCUGAAAUGAUUCUGUAUAACCUGAACUUUACCUCUUAUCUACUACACCUUUGUUCAUUAACGUUGUGGUUUUUUUCAGAUUUCGCGAACUACUGAUUACUUUACUCUCUAUUCAAUUUUUGGUCACUCUGUUCUGUAUUAAUUUUUUCGGUCAGUUUACGUAAAAAACAUCAAUAAUUAUAUUUAUUUAUUAGUAAUUAUAUAUACGUUUUGUGUUUUUCUGGACACUUGGCAUGUGCAUGGAAGAAAAUUGUUAGCCAGAAUUAAUGGAAUGUUCAUUGCAAGUUGGUUCAAUAGUUUUAAUGACAUGCGGUACCGACAUAAAUCGCAAUACAUAACAUGCCUAAUAUCGAUGGUAGAGGGGGAAAAACUAUGAAGAGUAGUCACUAAUAUAAUAAGUAGCAUAAGUCAGUCUGGUAUCUGAGUCUCUACCUACAAUCAAGGUACAGUGUUGGCUACAUAAUACACAUAACCUCGAAAAAUUAUUAGUGUAAAUCGUGAAAAUUCACAGUAAUUUCAUAUAAUAAAGUUAAAGAUGGAAAGUAAAGAGGAUAUAGUUAGGGUAAGAAAAGAGUUAAACGAUACUUGGACCAAUGCACCCGAUGAUAAUAUUUUCUAUGUAAUGAAUUCUUCCAAAGCCAAAAACUUUGAAACAUUUCCGUACUAUGAAUUGCCAACCAAUCUCAAGUAUGAGGUUAUGGCGUUACAAGAAAAGUUAGACGAAAUAAUAUUUAUAGAUUUUGAGUGUAAGUAUGUACCUAUAAUAAAAAUAGAAAAGCGAAUUCAGACAAGUUACACGAAUGAAAAAAGUCUAAUAAUUUUAAUUGAGAAAGGAUUCGAUUACGAUAAUAAGUGCCGAUUUCAAGAAAAGUCUCAAUUAAAAAGUGACGAACAUAAGGAGGUAAAAAUAUUGAAAAAAAAAGUCUCCGACCAAAUCAUUUUAUGAGUAUAAAAAGCGUCCAAAAAAUAAAGAAGUGAUUCUAAACAGAUGUACAAGCACGCCACAAAAGAGCAUUAGACCAUAUAAAUGUGAGAUUUGUUACAAAUCAUUGGCAAGCAAAAAUAGCUUCAAAACUCAUGUAAAUAAAGUACAUAUUCAUCGUAAACCCUUCGAGUGUGAUAUUUGUCACAAAUCAUUUGGAAAAAAGGCAACCCUCAAAACUCAUAAAAUUACA